UUGUUAAUAGUUGUCUGUCAAAUAAGCGGUAACAAAACACCUUCUGAAAGCUACAGCACAACCUGGCAUCUAAUGUCACACACACUCCUUAAUGCAUGUACCAUGAAAAACUUAUGCUCAUGGAAACACAGCGGCCUUGGGUCUUGAUGUGCAUUGGACUCUUGUUGUAAGCUUAUUCUUUCUUCAUUGGUAAGGAGCAACUGGAAGAUGAACAGGCAAACACCUUGGCGGUAGCAGAGUUGAUGAGUCAUCAACAAGACUAAAAGAUCACGAUACUUCCCUAGCACUAUAUAAACUUAUUAUCAAAGUACUGAACCUCGUCGACAAGAAAGUAGCAGUACCCGAGGGAUGUUCUUAAUUUCUUCAUCACAAUCUGUACUGGUCUGAACUUCACAAGAUCAGAGGAAAAACAAUCCUUUGACCACAACCAGAAAGAUAUGUUUAUCAAAAACUUUUAGUGCAAGCCUAAGUGAAAAGUUCUAGUUCUCUCAGAAAUCACAGAGAAGGUAGAUAGAACACAUCAUAAUGAAUAAAUGUCCUACCAUUUGUGGCCGAAAGUAAUAAAGAAGUGUUCGUGAUGGAUCAUACCAGUAGAUAAUCGAAAUAUGUACCUAUCGCAGAGAGUAGGCAUGCAUCCAGUGGGUACACAACAAAAGAUUAGACUGCACUUUAGAGCAAUUGUUCAUUUUCCAAUUUUCUCGUGCAAGCUGAUAUACCCUUUUAUUCUCGUCAAUUUUGAUGAAUACAAGGUGUUGCCAGUAUGAAUUCGGUGUCCUCUUCUUAUUUAUGGUCUUCCCCUUUCGCCCCCCCUGGUUGUGAAGGGUGGCCAAGAGAAGGUCAUACGAGCCUCCUCCGAGUCCUCUAUGCCGCCAGAGGCUGGUGACUGCCCACGGCCGUCAUAGUAUGAUAUCUACUGGCAACUGGACACAAUACGUCAGUGACGUGAAGGACAGCUUGGCGGACCAACCUCACAAGCUCAAGGACUUCGACCAGUUCCUGAGGGAGCUGAAGCAAGGCUACGUAGUUAGUUAUCUGGCCAGAAGCAUGAAGGACGUGUUAUCUGGGCAACCUGAACUCAUGCGCCAGUUCAAUGUUUUCUUGCCCAUUCAUUGCCAAAUCGAACUUGAGAAGACGAUUGGAGGUGAUGAAGAUGAUGGUGAGCAGAGUGGAAGUGAUGAGGAUGGUGAUGAGCAUAGUGGAAGUGGCGAGGGUGAUGAUGAUAAUGAGAAACGGAGUGGAAGUGACAACGUAACAACACAUAAUGAACGCAAGGGAGACGACAAGGCAUGGCAGCAGUACUUGUGUUGGAAGGCUCCAGCACCGCUUCGCCAAAGGAAGAUGAAGAUCUGCAGGGGCCAGCGUUAUUUUGCCAUUACUGGCCAUUGGGGACAGUACAUCAAGGCUGUGAAUGACAGCUUGGUAGACCAACCUGACAAGCACAAGAAGUUUGUGUGGUUCAUGCGCAAUUUUCGAAGCUGGAGAGUUCGUUACGUGGCCAGAAUCAUGGAGGUCAUAUUAGAAGGACAACCCAAUCUCAUCCGUCAGUUUAACUGUUUUUUGCCUAACAAUUGUCAGAUCAAGGUUGAUGAUGAUGAUGCAGAGGAGAAACAGCAGCCGGUCUGA